AACAGACAAAAUUUAUUACACGCCUAAUGCAUAGGAGUAUUAGAGUCCAUGUUUUUAAUAAAAAUGAUUAAAAAACAGUGCAAACUUUAUUUUGGGCCAUGUAGGAGGUUCAGACCAUUUUGAUCAUCUUUAGCUGCCUCCCAUCAGCACAAGAAAGGUCUGGGAAAACAGCAGUUGGAGCCCAGGAAAGAGCCACACCCUGGAGAUCAGAGGGUCACCAUGUUUCUCUGACAUUCCUGUCUCUUGCAGAUAGAGGGAGGACCCAGGACGAUCGAUGGCUGCUGCUCCUGACCUGGAGAUGGAGAGCAUGAAUCUCGAGAGAGAGAGAAGAGAAGAAGAGCUAGAGGAAGAGAAGAUGAGAGAGGACGGAGACAGAAACUAUCCUCCCAAGAGCAAAAAGGUCCACAGGAUCGUCUCAAAGUGGAUGCUUCCUGAACCGGUCCGAGGAACUUACUUGGAGAGAGCGAGCUGCCUCCCCCCGCCUGUGUUUAUCAUCUCCAUCAGCCUGGCUGAGCUGGCUGUGUUUAUUUACUAUGCUGUGUGGAAGCCCCAGAAACAGUGGAUCACCUUGGACACGGGCAUCUUGGACAGUCCCUUUACCUACCGACCUGACAAGAGGGAGGAAUCCUGGAGGUUCCUCUCAUACAUGCUGGUGCAUGCUGGAGUGCAGCACAUCGUGGGGAAUCUCUUCAUGCAGCUCAUGUUGGGAAUUCCCCUGGAAAUGGUCCACAAAGGCCUCCGGGUGGGGCUGGUGUACCUGGCAGGAGUGAUUGCAGGUUCCCUUGCCAGUUCUAUUUUUGACCCGCUCAAAUCUCUGGUGGGUGCUUCAGGAGGAGUCUAUGCCUUGAUGGGAGGCUAUUUUAUGAAUGUCCUAGUGAAUUUUCGAGAAAUGAUUCCUGCCUUUGGAAUUGUCAGACUACUGAUCAUCAUCCUUAUAAUUGCAUCGGACAUGGGAUUUGCUCUUUACAGGAGGUUCUUUGUCCCUGAAAAUGGGUCUCCGGUGUCAUUUGCAGCUCACAUUGCAGGUGGAUUUGCUGGAAUGUCUAUAGGUUACACUGUGUUUAGCUGCUUUGAUAAAGCACUGCUAAAAGAUCCACGGUUUUGGAUAGCAAUUGCUGCUUAUUUAGCUUUUGUUUUAUUUGCGGUGUUUUUCAACAUUUUCCUAUCUCCAGCAAACUGACCUGCCCCUGUUUUUAAUAUAAGCCAAUUAAUAACAAGAGCUAACUGGCAGGGAAAUGGAAAACUAUGAAGAAACAGAAAACCGCCAGCAAAUGGCAGCAAUUGUUGAAAGAGGACAAAACAGAACUCAACUCCCAUGUUGCAAGGACUACCUAUAAAAGGGCCUUAAGACUUGGGGAAGUGACUUCUGAAUGCAGAGAGAAGGAAGAGGAAGAAAAAAAGAUGCACAGGAAAAACCAGAGAUGGAGUUGUUCCGAGGCAUAUGGUAGCCAUGUGUGUAUCCUAUAAGAGACCUGCUCUCCGUGGAGGACAUAUUUUGGAGAUUGAGAGAUUCCAUGACUGUACUAUGCAGAGAAUAAAAAUGUUUCAAAUCUG